AUGUAUACGUCUUUGGCUAUCUUCGUGUCACUGGCUCUCUUUAUGUGCUUCAAGGGUGGAAGCCUGUUGGACCAAGGUCCGGGGCCGCCGUUGGAGCAGAUUGCUGCGGAGCCCUAUGAGAUGGAUGUGAAGCCAGUGCAGCCGUAUCAGGUGCCGGUCUCGUACAUGCGAAGUCUGGUGUCCCAGCUGCAGGCAACUCCAUCCGACAUCAACUUUUUCCUGGAGCUGGGUCGCGAUCCAAACGACUUUCUAGACAUCCUAGACAACUACCAACACGGUAUCAGUACCGCCAUUCAGCUAGGAAACACACUACUAGGCCUGCUUUCCCUUGGUGGUGUGCUCGUCGUUGCCGGUCGAUUUGCAGGCUUCUGCGGUGACGAUGAUGUUCAGGAGGCGUCGCCGCUUUACAACGCCUUCUACACAACAACAUUGGGAGUAACGCUGUUCGCUGCUGCGGUAGACGUUAUACUGGCCUUUAUGCUCUACCAGAGUAGCAGUGACCUGUCAGCUUCCAUCAACGUGCUGCCGUCCGUCAAAGCAAUGGCUGUGAACGACUUGGCAGCCUUCGUCAAGAACACAGUGCAACAAAAACUGGUCAUUGCGGAGCGCGAAAAGCGCCAUCGACUUGAAGAAUUAGAGGAACAUUUCCACAGGGGAUUCAGUAGCUACCUCAAGGCACGAGUACGAAAAGACAUGAAGCUUUAUGAGGUACCCAGUGUUAGCGAUUGUGCCGAAAGCGUUCGCCAGAUAGGUAUUAUGUUCAUAAAAGACGGUGCGUCAUCUAUGGGACGACAAUUAUUGAUGGCGAGCCAAAAUCUUUCUCUCAUGCACCACUUUCGCGAUGAUUUGUGUGAUCUCGUGGCACGUAAAGUGGAAGAGUCCACGUCGAGAGAGCGGACUAUAUCCAUGAAAAGGUUGCAGAGCGACUUUCCUGAUGCUCGUGUGAAGGCAGACCUAAAAACUACGCUCAAUGGCCUUGAAAAUGCUGCCCACAGACUGAUGAAGUACGGCGCCAAGACCGGCUGGUUUGAUCGCUUCAAGUCAACCACUUCCUUCGCUCUACUUCCCGUGUUAUUUCUCAUGUUACUGGCGGUGUUCAUCACUUUCUGCAUAGGCGGAAUGACGCAGCACAGCUUCACGGUAGGUCCGGAAGAGCGCAGCGUGGGCUCGCACAUCGCCGGUCAAGCGCUCAUCUGCUGUUCGUUCAUUCUUUUUUUGUUUUCUCUGGUCGCGCUCUAUAUGGCCGUCGGACUAUUUCCUUAUGGGGCUGUGGGUGAGUGUUACGUGUGCCAAUCAUACCGCCAAGGAAGUUUUAAAGUGCUAAAUCUGAUCAUGGUACGUUUGUGGCCUCUCAACGAGCGAGCAGCCAUGUUCCAAGGAAUCCACCCGAGUGAAGUACUGAGUAAGUGCGGCCGUGGAGAUGCUUCACUGGCUGACCUCAGAGUUCCCUACGAGGUGCAACAAGACUCUGACAUCCACGACUCCGCUAUCAGCACGCCUAACACUUUUGCGAAGGGCACGACUACGCGUCUGGAAGCUGAGCAGCGAGCGCCCGUUCUUCUGGUCAAUGACAAGCAGGUGUCCACACUGAGAGUUUCAGAUAUAAGCUUGCCUAUUGUUAUACGGUUACUAAGCACUGGAAUUUCAAAGGAACAAAAACUCAGCAAUAGAACGCGUCAAAAGACGAUCGCCUUUCUCCGGAAGUGGGACAAUCUAGAUCUGACUGAAACGUCUGAUCGCAUUGCUGCGUCUAGCUACCAACGUUUUCUGCUCACCAUGGUAGGAAAGUACUACUACGAUUACGUGAAUAGCCCAGAAAUUAGCGGCCACAUUGGAAAUUGUGGGCCCGUCUUCACCGUAGCAGAUAAAACUAUGGGUGCCGUCUGUGGCGGCUUUGUAGAUUCGCUUUUAGCUUAUGUGUUCCUCCUGGUCAUGGUCGCAGUUGUGUCAAUCUUCCUGGUUGUCAUGGCCGCCAAAUCAGCCAAAAACUUUAGGAAAGGAAAAAGGAAAACCCCUGCCAGUGCACCUGCUACGCCUGUCACACCUCCCUCGGCUAGCUCCGCCAGGCUCUCCAAGGCCUCGGAAGACGCCGUUGUUCGCAUCACCACCAUCCGGUCGGGCGACAGUCCCAUGGGCUCCAUCGACCGCUCAGACAUUCUCGAAAUCCGUAUCCCCAGCCCGCCGGCUCCCGAGCCGCCGCCACCGCCCAGGACCCCGACGCACACCGUGGAGACGGUGCACAUCAAGAUCCCGCCUCCAGCGCAGCCACCGCCGCCAGUAGCAGCGCCUCCACGCCAAAAAGUCUCGACCAUAGAGAUUCACCUGCCGUCCCAGUACCUGAGUCAGGCGCAGGUGCCACCACCGCCUCCGACAAGAGCGGCUGAACGUACGGUAUCACUCAUCAUCGGCGGGACGGAGGGCUUUCCCGUGGCCCGGCGGUCCUCGGGUAACACGACAGUGGUGCACGUCGAUCAGGCGUCCCAAAAGCGGAUAACGCACCACCGCCUGAACCCGGCCUCGUGGCUCUGGUCCCUGUGGUAUCCGUUCUGGGGCGGCGGCGUCCACGAAACCGCCGUGCGUGUCUCUAGCUCGAUUGAACUCUCUCCAGUGACGGCCAUACCGUCCAUUACGCACUUGCGUAGAGUCCGGUCUGGACCCAUUUUGUAUGCGGAUGUUGCACCUGACUGUGCAUACGGGUCUUGCACCUGA